ACGUUAGAAUGGCUGGAUACAGAGGUCGCAGUUUAUUAGAUGAUUCUGAUUCUUUAUCUCCGGAAUCGUCGGAAACCUCAGAAUCUGACGAAGAGGAAUCAACUGAGGAUUCUGACGAAUUAGAAGGGGCCACCUAUUUACCCAAACAAAGUUCCCCAGGAUCAAGUUUUCAAGUCAAAUCGGGUUUCCAGAUUGGUAAUAUUAACGUCAAUAUUGUUGGUGGAGAUAUUACCAGACAAAAGGUUGACGUCAUAGUUCACAGUGCAAAUCCUAGUCUUGAUCUGAGACAGGGGAGAGCAUCCAGUUCCCUCCUCUCUGCGGCUGGGAGGGGAAUUCAGAGAGAAUGCAAUCAGAAAUAUCCAAAGAAGUUAUCCCCAGGGAAUGUUUCUGGUGAGAAUGUGUCUUGGUGAUAUUUAUCUGACUGAUACUGAAGAAAAAUAUCCGAGACAACCUUGUAAAACGUGUAAGAAAUCUGUAUGUACUGUUCAUCAAAAACUUCAUGACAGUGUAGUUGCCUAUGGUGGAGAUUUUGCAGACCGCGAGUUUGUUGUUUAUGACAGAAAUCAGUCCUACCCUGAAUAUCUUAUUUGGUACAGAGCUUAGAAGGCAACAGACAGACAUUUCCGGUCAAAAAGAAGACUAGUUUACUAGCUGCCUUCAGGAUUUUUUUUUAUAAUAUUAACGAGGCUAGGGUGUGGCAGCCAUUUUCAGACUAUUUUUAUCUCCUUUAAAAGAAGAGCUCCAUAUAAAGAUAUAAAAAAUGAUCAAAUUUUAAAACUAAAAUAUGUGAAUUUUUUCUUUGCCAAAUGGUAGUUGACAGCUUAAGAUACCGUAUGUAAAAAAAUAAGUUAAAUCUGGUGGUUAAUUUAUGAUUAAUUUGUUGACCCCCAGCCUCCUUAACCUGUUAUAUCAAACCCAUAUCAUUGUCUUUUACUUUAAAUAUCUUUAAUUUCAACCACAUAAAUUAUAUUAAUAUAUGAUAUUAACACCUCUCUCUCUCUCUCUCUCUCUCUCUCUCUCUCUCUCUCUCUCUCUCUCUCUCAAAGAGACUCGUGCAAAGACAGUACAUUAAUUUCGAGGAAUUAAAUAAAACUAAUCAAAAUGUCCAUGAAUCAGAAACGAUAAUCACAUGUUUGUCAAUUCUCCUUAGUUCAACGUGUGUUGAAUAAUCUACGUAUGUAUUACAAAUGUACUCAUUUC